AAGCAGGGUAGGUUUAAAUAUAGUAGAAGAAGAAUCAGUGUAGUAUUGGUAAUUUAAUACUUUAUUUAUUGUUACGAUUGUUUUAAAAUGAAUUGCUAACUAGCAUUUGUCCUUAUCCUUUUUUAUGUAUUUGCAUUAUUUAUGGUCAAUCUUUUAAACUCUGGAGUUGUUAUCUAUUUUUCCCCCGGAAGUAGAGACGUUGGCUAACACUGAUAGCAACAGUCUAGCGGGCUAACAGAAGUGCCUAAAAGUAAUUACCACGUCCCUCCUGUGGGACUAGUGUCAUAGCUAUGUUGUGGAAUAAAUUGUGACAACUAAACCGAAGAUGAUGAACGACAUAAUAGAGGAGCCUGAAAAGGACACACUACUGGAGGCGCAGCAGGAACAGCAAGUUUUGUCGGGACCAAGUAACAGCACAAGACCUAAGAUUCCAGAUGGAGGCAUCCGGCCGGUGGAAAAGAGAGGACCUUAUAUCAUGUCCAGAGCUCCAGCCAUCCACCUCAAACUACAGAAACACAGGGAGAUGGUGAGGAAAGCGCUAAAGAAGAAAGCCCUCUCUGCUGGUCCUCCAGUGUCACAACAGCCCAGACAGGGAGUCAAGAGGACGGUGAAGUUUAACAAGGGCUAUGCUGCUUUAAGCCAGAACGCUGAGGAAAUGUUGGUGACGCUAGACUCAGACAGUGAUGAAGAGAUCGAUUUUGAGCAGUAUUCCUCAGGAUACUCUUCAGCCGAGGUCCAUCCUGAUUUAAGCAAGCAGCUGCUUCAGGAUGGCUACCACCUGGAUGAGAUUCCUGAUGAUGAAGACUUGGACCUGAUUCCCCCCAAAGCCAUGGGUUCUUCUAUGUGCUGCUGCUUCGAGUGCCCGUCUUGCCCCAUGCAGUGAUGUCGGUGCUGUGACUUGGACCUUCUGAAGGUCUGACUCUUUAUUCAGCUCGCUAGUCGCUGGGGCCAAAGCUCUUCUUUCUAAUGCAGCUCAGCUGCUGCAUGUUGCCUGAGGAAAUCCAGCUCUGAGGCCUGAUGCUGGACUGCAAACAUUGAACACUGAGAUCGCCCAGCUUCAGUGAGAAUGCAGAAAGACAUGAGAGCAAGCCUUAUCCACUGUGACUCCAAAGCCUAACUAAUUGUAUUUAUUUAUCAUGUUCUUGCAGCAUUACACAAAACCGUAACUAUGACACUGGUCUGAGUUGAGUGGUGGAGUAUUUUGACAUUCUUGAUAAGAAUGUUGACUCAAGGAGGAGCUGGCUGGUUUAUUUCCUCCAUGGUGAGCAGGUCUGUAACCCCCUAGAAUCCCACCAGUAUGAAGUAUGGAAAGUUUAACCCUUUGACAAAUCUGAAAUGAUCAACUGUUCAUCUGUUACUGUUAAAUGAUAUAUUGGCACCUCAUGGGAAUAACUGGCAGCACCUGAGUGCACAAUAGUAGUCUUAGUUCUAUUUUUACUUCCUCUGUCAUUAUAAUCUACAUCUGAUUUUCUCUCUCGAAACUCUAAAUAGCAAGGUGACCAUACAGAUGUAGCACCUGUUUCAGCAAAUACAACUCAGAACAAAAGUGCAACAUACUAAGAAGCACUCCGUUUAUACCUCUGGCACAUUGUAUAGGUGCUGUUUAAGGUUCAAAAUGUAGUUCUGACGACUGUGCUUAAAUUGAGGAUUAUAUUUGGAUCUUAUCAUUCACCUUGGCACAAAUCUACAAUUUAAAAAAACAGAUGUAUUGAAGAGACUGAAGAUCGACAAAAUCAUUCCUAAAGGUAAAUUUCUUUUGAUUUGUGUAGUAUUUUGGUUUAAACAGCUCCUCAGAAAACAUGUCUCCACAUCAGAUUUGAGUUACAUUAUUUAUUUAUCAUUGUAUUUAAGUGUAUGCUAAAAUACUUGUUACAAGUUAUUUACAGUUCUAAUAUAAUUUACAUUUAGUGUUAGUAUUCAUACAUUUAUUUGCUUUGUGUUCUGAUGCUUGUGACUUCCAACACUUCAGAACAUAUUUGUCAUUGAUAUUACAGCAUUAAUUGUUUUCACUUUUGGAUGCAUUUUAAAACUAUUAUCACCAAUUGUUUGCCAGAGAUGAAGAGACUUUCCUGUCUCAGGAGGUUUUUAUGCGCAGAGAUCGGAUAGACUUUUGCAGAUAUAUUUAAAAUUAAAUUUGAAAAUUACACAACCUCUCAAGUGAAUAAAAUAAUGCAGGCAGGAUAAAAACCUUCCUUUCUACUGUUGCAUAUAUCCACAGCAAAACACUUCACCACAUUGAGGAAGCAUAGGACUAGAACAAAAACAAAAUUCUGUGCAAGGACAAUGUAGGAAGAACUGAAAGCUGGUCAUAAAUCCUGAAUUGGAGAGUUGAGAUACGCAGCAUAACCUCCUUACAUUUCAUAGUUUUAAGGCAGGUUUCUGGUUUGAGCAGACUGCUUUAUAUGGACCUUCUAAAUUAAUUUUUUAACACCAUUUCUUGCUCUGUGGUGUGUUUUGAUGUAGAUUAAAUUUUGCACUUAACACCAAUUGCCAGUAGCAAGUACACUUGACUCACCUGUACUAUGCAACUAUGGGACAAUCUGCUUGUUGUACAACAUUGUGACAAGGUUGUGUUAUUGAGUGCUGAAUGCAAUAAAUAAAUGUUUUGUUUGUUUUACAACUGUAAAUACUCUGUUCCCAUUGUACUCUGUUGGUUUACAUUAUAAAUAAAAAAUUCAAUUAACAUGG